AUGGACCUCCGCGUCGGCAACAAGUACAGAAUCGGCCGCAAGAUUGGUAGCGGCAGUUUCGGUGACAUCUACCUCGGUACCAACAUCAUCUCUGGUGAGGAGAUCGCCAUCAAGCUCGAGAGCGUCAAGGCGAAGCACCCCCAGCUCGAAUAUGAGGCCCGCGUCUACAAGUCGCUCGCUGGCGGUGUCGGCAUCCCCUUUGUCCGCUGGUUCGGAACCGAGUGCGACUACAACGCCAUGGUCCUGGACCUGCUCGGCCCUUCCCUCGAGGAUCUCUUCAACUUCUGCAACCGCAAGUUCUCCCUGAAGACUGUUCUGCUCCUCGCCGAUCAGCUCAUCUCCCGCAUUGAGUACAUCCACGCCAAGUCCUUCAUCCACCGCGACAUCAAGCCCGACAACUUCCUUAUGGGCAUUGGCAAGCGCGGCAACCAGGUCAAUGUCAUCGACUUUGGUCUGGCCAAGAAGUACCGCGAUCCCAAGACGCACUUCCACAUCCCGUACAGAGAGAACAAGAACUUGACUGGUACCGCCCGCUACGCCUCCAUCAACACUCACUUGGGUGUCGAACAAUCCCGCCGUGACGACAUGGAGUCUCUGGGCUAUGUCAUGCUUUACUUCUGCCGUGGAUCCCUUCCCUGGCAGGGUCUUAAGGCGGCCACCAAGAAGCAGAAAUACGACCGUAUCAUGGAGAAGAAGAUGACGACUCCCACCGAGGUCCUCUGCCGUGGCUUCCCCAACGAGUUCGCCAUCUACCUCAACUACACCCGUUCCCUCCGCUUCGAUGACAAGCCCGACUACUCGUACCUCCGCAAGAUUUUCCGCGACCUCUUCGUCCGUGAAGGCUUCCAGUACGACUACGUGUUCGACUGGACCGUCUACAAGUACCAGAAGAACGCCCAAGCCAUCGCCCAGGCUGCCAACCAGGGCCAGGGCGAGGAAGACGACAAGGGCCGCGGACGCCACGUCACCACCACCGCCGCUGCCAACGCGGGCACGGCAGCUGGCACCAAGCGCGGUCCGGUCAACGCGCGCCAGGAGGGCACCGGAAUGUGA